AUGGUGGACAGUGGACAAGUUUCAAGGCAGCUGGUGGGCUUGGACUCAGAUGAGGACAUGUCCACACCUAUUGUCCACAAUCAGACAAGGAACAGUGGACAACAGCAAGCCCCCCCAAGACAGGUGGUUCUUCACAGUGGAGACAGUCACCAUGGCUUGACAUGUCCUACCAACUGCCAGCCCUAUAACACUCUGGACAAUGUGGACGUCCACCAGCUGACAGUCCUCCCUACUGUCCCAUCAGUGUACCACUCCAAGUGGACACCCAAGGAUGGCAACUGCAUGUUCCAUGCUGUAGCCAGGGGGAUGGGUGGACAUCUCACCCACACCCAAGUUAGACUGUCCACAGUCAACUUCAUGAGGCGGCAACCACAGGACUAUGUGGACUUUUUCCCUUCCUCUGUGGACAACUCAGAGCACACCCAUUCUUCACAACUUCAAGCCUUGUCCAAAUAUCUGGCUGUCAUGGCAAGGGACUCAGAGUAUGGUGAGAACAUCAUCCUUCAAGGUAUGUGCAAUCUGUACAAGUUGGGUAUAGUCAUCCUCAAGCACACUGAGUCUGGGGCUUGGUUUUGGACAACUAUGGGAAACAUGUCCUCUGCCAGGAAGUGUUUUUGGCUGUACCUGGUUGGGGAGCACUAUGAGAACAUCUUUGUAGCCACUCAGGUCAAAUUCUGA